AUGAAGUUCACUUGGGCGACAACGCUCCUUCUACUCUCUAGGGUCAUGGCCCUGACCAUCCCUCACACAGAGCUUACCGAUCUCAUUGAACGAGAUGUGGUCCCCCUGGACCCCCUGGAUUUCACCCAGGAUACAGAUGUCAUAACCCUUGAGAAACGGCGUGGCGGCGGUGGAGGAGGCCGAGGCGGCAGCGGUUCCUCCGGCAGUUCAUCCAGCAGCGGAGGAAGCAGUGGAGGAAGCAGUGGAGGAAGCAGUGGAGGCCGCACCGGUUCUUCCUCCGGUUCCUCCGGUUCCUCAGGCUCCAGUGGCUCCAGUGGUAGCAGUGGAAACAGCCGCAGUGGUUCAAGCAAUGUUGGUGGUACAACUAGUGGUGGCUCUGGCACUCGAGCAACCUACGGUGGAGGAAACUACUAUGCCGGUGGUGCGCGCACUCCCUACAAGUCUGGCUCCCGGUCCGCUGGAGGAAUCGCCCCCUAUGUGCUCGGUGGAGCUGCCCUGGGCUUCUUCCCGGGUCUUUGGCUGUACAGCGCCUAUGCCUACCCCUACAGCCACCACUACAACUACUACAACGACAAGGACCACAAGAACGAGUCGCUCCCCAUUGUCUGUGUGUGCCAAGAGUACUCCGAGUGUGGCUGCGACAGCAACACUAACCGCACCUACUACGAGUCUCUUUUCAACGGCACCGUGCCUAAGAACUCCAGUCUUGUGCGUGUGGUCGAUGUGAACGGCACUCAGACCAUCUACAUCAACGGCACCUUGGCCAAUGGCACCACUGCCGCCGAUGGAAGCUCAAGUAGCACCUCCUCGGCAUCUGGGCCUGUCGCGAUGGUCCUACAUGCUAGCGGGUACUGGGUGACAGUUGCCGUGGUAGUGGCCGCCGUCUGGGGAUUCUAA